GAGGGAGGGAGGAAGAGAACGAGAGGAGAGAGACAAAGGAAAGACAAAAUGAAAGAGAGGAAAAGAGGGAUGAAGGGGGGGAAGAGAGAGAAAAGAAAGAAAGGUAGGUUUGGAGCCAGGAGAUGGAGAUCUCUGUAGUUUGGAAUAUUGGAGAGUUGUUGUCUGGCACUUGGUCGUCGAACAGAAAGGAUUUGCUGAUUGCCCCUGACUCGGUGCACCUUCUGUUGAUGUCCUCGCAGGGGCCAAGGGCCAUGGCAGGCUCUCCCAGCUGCUUGUCCCCGGUGCUGCUCCUCUGGAUACUGGUCCUCUCGGAUCCAAGCUUCGCGGGUGCUCUGGAGUCUGCCCCCAAAGAAAGCAACGUCCCAGAGAAUAACAUCCACCAGCAGAGCCCAGAGCUGUGGCAGCCCCGGGCCCGACACGCCAGAAAGCAUGGACUGAACAAGAAGGGCAGGAGCCACAUGGCAGACCGGGUGGGGGCCUCCAGGAUGCCCGGGAUGCUCCCCCGUGGAGAAGAGCUGCUGGCCGUCCAGGGCCCCGCUGGCCUGAUGCAGGAUAAAGACGUGUUUCUGGGAUUUGAGUUCCCUUACCCAGAGCGAGACAAUCGGUUUGAAAGGGGUAGAAAGUCCACCAGAGAGCACAAGCGAAGGAGAGACAGAGCGAAGACACAUCGAGGCAGAAGUCUGGAUCCAAAGCCCAGCUCUUUGAUCAAGAAGGUGGAAUUCUCUGAGGAUCUGGCAUCUAAUGCCCCAAUGGAAGAAUCCUCCACUAGUCUGGCCCCCACCAUCCUGUUCUUAACCACCUUUGAAACAGCAGCAUCCACAGAGGAAUCACCAGUCCUGCCUGUUACAUCCCCUCGGCCCCAGGCUCGGAUCAGGCCUGAUGGGGAUGUGAUGCCCACCCUGGACAUGGCUUUGUUUGACUGGACCGAUUAUGAAGACUUAAAGCCUGACAUGUGGCCCUCUGCUAAGAAGAAAGAGAAGCAUCAGAGUAAAAGUCUGGGCUACACCAAUGAAACCUCAGCAGCUAGAGAGGAACCCUGUGAUCAUCACCUUGACUGUCUCCCAGGGUCUUGCUGUGACUUACGGGAACAUCUCUGCAAACCUCAUAACCGAGGCCUUAAUAACAAAUGUUUUGAUGACUGCAUGUGUAUGGAAGGACUCCGCUGCUACGCCAAAUUUCACCGUAACCGAAGAGUCACUCGGAGGAAAGGACGCUGUGUGGAGCCAGAGUCCAUUAACGGGGACCAAGGAUCGUUCAUUAAUGUUUAGAGUACCUGGGUGAGGGCCCCGUUUCCCCAUCUGCCUUUGGACCAUGCCCUGGAAGGUUGGGGAAAGGGGCAAAUUAUUUAUAACUAGUGAUGGGGAAAACAAAAGAGUGGACCAGAUGGUUGUCGUAGGUUCUCAACCUGGCCGUCCCCGCUAUGAAAAGAGGAUGCCUGGAAAAUGGGUUUUGAGACCCACUGGGCUUCAUGAAGCAUCGGACUCCUCAACGGAGCUACUCCAGACACCCCACUUGCUUCAUCUUCUGGCAACCAUUUGCAAUCGACAGCAAUGCUAAGAGUGACCUCUACUGUCGCCAGGGGAUACUGCACCACCAUGCUGACAGUACAUGGGUACCAUUGGGAUGCCUAUCUAGAGGAGAGGAACAGAGAACCCUUCCCUCUUCUAAGAAAGAGGAUCAUUUAGUACCAACUUAUGGAGGAGGAGGGGAAGGAGUAAAGGAUGGAAAUUCACUUAUUUUCUGCUUGUUUCUGCUCCUUUGGUGGAAGAGAGGCAGACAUGUGCCUCAGUAGAGUCUAUGGCUAGCUUAGGUAAGAGGGUCUUCUUGCCACCAUCCUCCUCCUCCUCCUCUAAACUUCAGUGUCCCCUCAACAAAAAGCACUCAGUAAGUAUUAUUCAUCUGUUCAGUGUGACUGAGGAAAGCCUGGUCCGUCCCCUCCGGGAGUGUCCAACUUAAAUGGCAAUCGCUCUUACUGGGAACAUAAUGAUCCCAUGAGGUCUUUCAGGUACAAAUAUGAUGCAAGUGUGUAUUUUUUAGUUCAUUUUUCUUCUGAUUUUUGGCUAAACCUGCCCUGUCCUGUCUAUAAUCACUUGUUUGGUAGUUAUAACUAACGGCACACAUUUGGGAGAAAAUUGGUUGGGGUCACCUUCACAGAGCAGAACUAAGCUAAUCGGUGGCCAGGGACGUCAAGUCUGUUUCUUGGUUGCUCAUGUAGCUCAUUCUAGAUAUAGGCUAUGUCAUUGGAACCCAACAAAAUCUACCUACAUGAUUCUCUACAUGCCUAAAAAUUUCAAUUAGGAAGCAUCAGACCCAUGGGAUCCUUUAGACCUUUCUUCUAAGCUGGGGGAUGUCCAGGGUCUAGACAUGAAACACCUGAUCACCCUUCAUACUGAGAAGUUCUUCUAAUAUCUAAACUGAAUCUCUCUUGAUGAAAUGGAAGGCCAUUUCCUCUAGCCCUUUCUCUGUUGAGAAAGAAGCUACGUCAAUGCUUUUCUAAGAAUCGCCCCUCACAUACUUGAGAACAAUGUCCAAAUCCCCAAUAAAAGAGGUGAUAGUCUUACUGUCCUCUGCUCUGAUCAGAUCACAUCUGAAGCAUUGUGGUCAUUUCCAAGCACCGUGGGUACUGACAAAGUGAAGAGUUUCCAGAGAGUGGCCAAGCCACUGAUUGAUUAAAGAAGCUGAGAGUGUUUAGUUUGGAAAGGGGAAGACUUAGUUCUUAAUUUUUUUUUAUAUGUAUGAAUUCUUUUGGCCUGCUGGUGAACCUGUGGACCCUUUCUCAGAGUCAUAUCUUCAAAUGCAUAAAAGAAAACACAGAAUUAUAGAGGAACCAAUUAUAUUGAAAUAGUUAUAUAUCCAUACGUAUUUAUUUAUAGAUACACAUAUAUCUAUAAAUAUAUGCAUAUGGGUAUAUAACUAUUUCAAUAUAGAUACACAUAUAUGUGCAUCUAUAAAUAUACACAUGUAUGUAUGCAUAUAUGUACAUAUAUAUGAAAGCAAGUUCACUAACCCCAGGUUAAGAAGCCUUGAAUUAGAGAGAACAUACUAGUUAUCUUCAAGUGUUCAAAGGGAUUGUCAUAUGGAAGAGGGUUUGAACUUGUUCUCCUUGGCCCAGAGGACAGAUUUAAUAGUUGGAAAUUAUAAAGAAGUAGUUUUAGUCUCAGAGUAAAGCAAAACUUCCUAACAAUUAGAGCUGUCCCCAAAUGGGAUGUGCUGUCCCUAGAGGUAGUGCGAUCCCAAUCCCUGGAAGUCUUCCAGUGGAGGAAAGCAACCAGCCAUGAUGUCAAAGAAGGGAUUUUUUAAUCAAGUGAAAGUUAAAUUAGACCAUCUCUGAGCUCCCUUCUGGGUCUUGGAGUCCAUAACUCUCUCUUCAAAUUUAUUUCAUCUAAAUAUAAUCAUUGAGUUAUAGAAGCUAGAGAUUUUGAAUGCUAAGGCACUACUACCUAGAUCAGUGAUGGGAACCUUUUAGAGACCAAGUGCCCAAACUGCAACCCUCAUGACACAUGUGAGCUGUCCCCUUACCCCAGACAGGGGAGAGAGAAAGCACUCCCAUUGGGCUGCUGGGCAGAGGGACAGGUGAUGUGAAAAUGUCCCGAAGCAUGGUAGAGAGGAGGAGGGAAGCAGCCCCUCUGGCAUGCAUGCCAUAUGCUCACCAACAUGGACCUAGAUGGAACUUUGUAAUGCUGCAUUGAGGAACUUCAAAAAGCAGUGUUGGAAGCAGCAAGGUAGCUCCUUAGAUUGAGAACCAGACCUAGAAAUGGGAGGUUCUGGGUUCAUAUCUGGCCUCAGACACAUCCUAGCUAUGGGACCCUGGGAAAGUCCCUUAACCCCCAUUGCCUAGGCCUUACGGUUCUUUUGACUUGGAUCCAAUACAUAGAAUUGAUUCUAAGAUGGAAGGUAAGGGUUAACAGCAAUGUUGACCCAAAUGCUCCUGGCUGAAAAUGAAAAACAAUAGUUGUCACAGUGAUUGACACAUUUUUGAGUUUUAGAGAGAAUAAAAGAAAAAACUAGAUUCAUAUCUCACCUCCAACCUAUACUGGCUUUGGACUUGUCCUUUGGCUAUGGGGCCUGGGUUUGUCCUCUCAGUGAUCUGAGAAGAUGCACUGGUAAAGGGAGUUCCUUACCUGGGAAUUCUCCAUAACCGAUGAAAUCACAAAUCCAGUCACUAUCCUGAUCUCCAGUAAUAAAUCCAGCUGCCAUACGACCUUUUUCUGCCAGUCUGUCAACCUGAGCUGAGGGUAUGGAGAGAGCUAUGUACUACAUGCUAGAGGAGGAACCCAGAGGCAGUAAUAGAUACACUCUUCUGGCCCAGAAGAGCUUUACUCUGCAGGACAAACAAAUAUUGUACCAUUUUAUUUCAGCUGGCAACUCUUAAGUAUCCAACAUACCUGAUUAUUGAUUUCCAGGAAGGCUAAAUUUUUGAGCUAGUGCCUUGGAGUUCAUGAAAAUGAGAACUGACUAUAGCCAGAGAGACAGGACACACACAUGAAACCAAGGACUCAUUGUGAUGUGAUGGAGAAAGCAAAAGCCAAGCACUCCACUGAUAAAAAGAUUAUUCUGCUGAGCUAGACCCAUGCACUCCUUUUGAUUUCUGGUGGGAUAGAUUAUGAAUAAGGCUAGAAUUGGUUUAAUUACUCCAGUGUUUGCUCUUCUGUGGCUUGUCCUAAUUUUUAGGAUGACUAUGGAAGUAACAGAGAAUUCACUUUCUAAAAAAAAAAAAAGCCUUUGGUAUAUAGUGGAACCCAGUUCACUUUUACAAUAAUGAUCAGCCAUGAACCUCUAAUCAUUAUGAUCCAACUCUUGGUGUCUUCUGGCCUCCCUGUUCUGGCUCCCAGGUUAGAAGUGGUAUUCAUUGUUGAGAAACUCAACGGAAUGGCCUGUUCCUGGGGACUUUGGUCUUUCAAUCUUUUGAAUUCUUGGGAACUUUUCUGGGGAGAUGAGUUUUCCUCUUUAAAGUGUGGGGAGGGGAAGGAAGAGUUACGGUGGGAGGGGGGGAGAGUUGUCAUCUUGUAGUCCUGUGGUGUGUUGCAUGUGUAUUUUAUUAAAUUGUAAAUAAAGAGUUGAUAGUUCAUGCCUGGA